GCGGGGAGGGGAGCAUUUAAGUGCGGAGCGCCGGACACCUCUGCAGCCUGCGAGCCGAGCCGAGCCGAGCCGGGUCGGAUUGAGCUGAACGGAGACCAGCCGAACUGACUCCAGCCGAAUCAAGUCCGGUGGAACUGUUCCCAGGCGGGUCCAAAAGCGCAUCGCAUCCCGCCGGGUCCGAGCCGAGCCGAGCCGAGCCGAGCCGAGCCGAGCCGAGCCGAGCCGAGCCGAGCCAUGCAACUGGCCCUGCUGGCCCGGCUGCUGUCCGUCGGGCGGGCGGUGCUGGCGGCGCUGCGAGGGCGCCUGGGCGCGCUGUGCUGGAGCCUGGCUCCCUUGUCCCUGUCCCUGUCCCUGCCCGGCUGGCGGGACUCGCCCCCCCGGCCGCAGCGGGAGCAGGAAGGGGACGAGGCUCCCCCGACGCCCACCAGCGUCAAUUACCACUUCACCCGGCAGUGCAACUACAAGUGCGGCUUCUGCUUCCACACGGCCAAAACCUCCUUCGUGCUGCCCCUGGAGGAGGCCAAGCGGGGGCUGGCGAUGCUCAGGGAAGGAGGAAUGGAGAAAAUCAAUUUCUCGGGAGGAGAACCGUUUCUUCAGGACAGAGGCGAAUUUGUAGGCAAACUGGUCCAGUUUUGCAAGCAGGAGUUGGAGCUCCCAAGUGUCAGCAUUGUUAGCAAUGGCAGCCUGAUCAGAAAGCAGUGGUUCGAGAAGUACGGUGAAUAUUUAGAUAUUCUGGCAAUUUCAUGUGAUAGUUUUGAUGAGGAUGUCAACGUUUUAAUUGGCCGUCGUCAAGGAAAGAAGAACCAUGUGGAAAAUCUGCAUAAACUGAGGCAGUGGUGCCGAGAGUAUGCUGUUGCUUUUAAAAUAAAUUCAGUCAUCAACAGAUUUAAUGUUGAGGAAGAUAUGAAUGAGCAGAUCAAGGCACUCAACCCUGUGCGCUGGAAGGUGUUUCAGUGCCUGCUUAUUGAAGGGGAGAACAGUGGUGAGGAUGCUCUAAGAGAAGCAGAAAAAUUUGUUAUCAGUGAUGAAGACUUCGAUCGGUUCUUGGAUCGCCACAAAGAUGUUUCCUGCUUGGUACCUGAAUCUAAUCAGAAGAUGAGGGAUUCAUAUCUCAUUCUGGAUGAAUAUAUGCGUUUUCUAAACUGUAGAAAUGGACGGAAAGAACCUUCCAAGUCUAUCCUGGAUGUUGGUGUAGAAGCAGCUAUAAAAUUCAGUGGAUUUGAUGAGAAGAUGUUCCUAAAAAGAGGAGGAAAGUAUGUGUGGAGUAAAGCCGAUAUGAAACUGGACUGGUGACUCAAUAUACCGUGUUAGGGCAGUGCAUUCUGUAAAAAUAGGAAUAUCUUUAUAGGUGAGUGUAUACUUGUAUCUAAUGCUUUUAAUUACACUUGGUAUUUUACACAGACUGAUGUUCAGUAUAACUCUACAUGUGAAUAUGUUACAUGCUUUUUAAAUGCAGAUUACAUUGUCUAUUACUUUCUUGAGCGUGACCAAAUACUUUCAGAGCUUUCACAUGAACAGUUCUCUGAAAUAAACUUUCUAGUCCAUUGCACGAAGGACUAAAAGGCAAACUAUUUUUAUGAAAUACUACAUGAGUGUGCAUGCCAGAUAACAAGCAAAAAACCACUCCAAACUCGAAUUCAUUCUAAACAGCUGUAAUGAUGGAGAAGUCAAAAUUCUUAUCAGGGAACACAUUCUGCCUGUUUCUCAGGGCAAAAUAGAUUGCAGUUCCCGGGUAGAUCACUGGAGGGCCAGCUGGCAGACCUCUGGAAGCACCUUCUGCUUUUUUCAGGGGGUAAUAGAGGGUCAGAAUCCAGGAAUCUUGAAGUAAUAAUGUAUCUAAAAUGAAAUCAAGGUGAAAAAACGGGCAGUUUUUAUUCUUUAAAACUUAAUUGUAACAGCAUCUUUUCCCUCUCCUCUGUAUACACACAUAUUUGCAAGAAUGUUGAGCCAUGUAAUUUUCUGUGAAAACAUAUUUUUAGUAAUGAAAAAAUAUUAUAUUCAUCCAUCCUAAAACCUAGAGGUACAUUUUACCUAAUGAUAAUCAACAUGAUAUUUCACAUUGGAAAUGCCCUUCAAAUAUUUGUUCUAACAAAUAUUUGCAGGGAAACAUUGUUUUCAUUUUAUUAGUAUCUCAAUUUUCCUUUUAUCUGCAAAUAUUGAUUUAUUAUUUUAAACUAUUUUUGAACUGUGGGCAUAUAGUUCUGAUGAAUAUUCCUUCUUAAACUAAUUAAUACCAUGCAGAACAACCCAACAUAUAUCUUCUGUUGCAUACUAGCUUUUUAUUUUGCUAAGCCAUGGAACUACAAACAACAAUGUUCAUAUAUCAAGCAACCUUAUUUUAAAAGUUGUUUGUCUCAGUAACUAAUUAGCUUGCUGGUUAUAAAACUGCAGACUUUAAAUGAAACGAAUUUGGUUUUGUGAGAGCUACCUUUGAUUUUAAGAGCACAUAGCAUCAAUAUAAAAUACAAAAAAAAAAUCCCCAAAACCUGAAAAAUAAUCUAAUA